UAAAAGUAUGUCAUUCCCUCUACUCUUUCUUGCCCGAGCAACUCAUGCAAACAAUGCCCAUGGCUUGUUUCAGCACUGCUCUCUUCAUGUCCUUCCUCACCUUUGCCUUGUUCCUCCAACCGCUUUUAAGCCUAUCCCACGUUACCCAUCCACAACCUGACAUUACCACCAGUGGUACUGCUGCCACUACCUAUAUCAUCCACACUGACAACUUCUCUAGACCUCCUCAUUUGGCCACCCAAAUCCAGUGGUAUUCUUCCAUCCUCCAAUCCCUCUCCUCCACCAACACCACCACCACCACCACCACCUCCGUCAAGACACACAGCCAUAAUAUCAUCUACACUUACGACACCAUCCUGCAUGGCUUCGCGGCCAUUUUGUCCUCGGAAGAAGCCGAGAAGGUGUCCGAAAUCCCGGGAGUCGUCGGUGUCUACAAGGACACCAUCAAGCAGCUCCAUACCACGAGAUCCCCCGACUUCCUUGGCCUAAACCACGACUUCGGCCUCUGGCCUGAAUCCAACUUCGGCGAAGAUGUUAUCAUCGGCCUAGUCGACAGCGGCAUCUGGCCCGAGAGUGAAAGCUUCGACGACGACGGCCUCCCAGAGGUUCCCUCCCGAUGGAAGGGCGAGUGCGAGAGCGGGGAACGUUUCAGCCCGAGUCUCUGCAACAAGAAGCUCAUUGGUGCAAGGUGGUUCUUGAACGGAACACGCUCUCUGGGGUUGCUUGAUGGCGGUGGAAAGAAUAAAUAUUUCCAAUCUCCGAGGGAUGACGACGGCCAUGGCACGCACACCUCAUCCACCGCCGCGGGCUCGCCGGUACCCAACGCCAGCUUCUUCGGCUUUGCCAAUGGGACUGCCCGCGGAAUGGCACCAAGGGCUCGAGUCGCCAUGUACAAAGCUUGCUGGCCGGGAGAUGGUGGAUGCCCGGAUACCGAUAUUCUUGCAGCCAUGGAUGGUGCUGCGAAGGACGGCGUCGACAUCCUUUCUCUGUCCCUCGGAUCAUAUGAGGCGCAUCCCUUCGAUGGCGAUCUCCUGGCCAUCGGAGCCUUCAAUGCAGUUCGGAGAGGCAUCUUGGUCGUCUGCUCCGCAGGGAAUUCCGGGCCUUUCAGCUCGUCGGUGACGAACGUGGCUCCAUGGAUUACGACGGUGGGCGCAGGCUCUCUCGAUCGCACGUUUCCCGCCAGCAUCACCCUGGGAGACGGCACCGUCAUCAUUGGAAAGUCUCUUUACGACAAGAUCAAGCCGACGAAUACUUCAUUUCGCCCUCUUGUUUACAUGCUAUAUUGCUCCGCAUCCUCCAUAGUGCCGCGUUUAGUCAGGGGCAAGAUCGUCCUGUGCUUAGAGGCAGAAGGCUAUGAUGUUGGACUCAAGAUACAAGCUGUAGGAGGGGCUGGGCUGAUCUGGAGCGACAUUGUAUUUGGUACGGGAUGGAUCACCCCAAUGGCCUUCACAUUGCCAGCUCUCACAGUGGAUAACUUGGAAGAGAGGAAGAUAAUGGCAUACAUGAAUUCCACCUCGAAGCCAAAGGCAAGGUUUGGACUCUCACAACGAACUAUUGUCGGUGAGAAUAGAGCUCCAAUGGUGGCCGAAUUCUCGUCAAGAGGCCCAAAUGCCAUCGUGCCGGAGAUCCUGAAACCCGAUAUUCUCGCCCCUGGAAUCAAUAUCCUCGCUGCCUGGUCCCCUGAGGCGCCUCUUUUCCUCGGAAUUAAGCGGAGGGGCAGAUUUAAUAUAGUUUCGGGCACAUCCAUGUCAUGCCCUCAUGUAGCCGGCGUUGCUGCGCUGCUCCGGCAAGCUCACCGGGAGUGGUCUCCGGCCAUGAUCCGGUCGGCAUUAAUGACAACGGCUGCUGUGGUCGACAACCAGUACCGGCAGAUCUUGAAUGAGAAUUUGGAGCCUGAGACGCCGCUGGCAUUCGGCGCCGGCCUUGUACACCCACAAUUGGCUAGGGAUCCAGGUCUCGUCUAUGAUGCCGGCGUCCAGGACUACAUCGACUUGCUCUGCGCUAUGAAUUAUACGGAGAAGCAGUUGAGGAAGUUUGGUGCCAGUAAGGCUGACUGUUCUACGUUUGUUAUAGGAGGAGCCGGGAAUCUAAAUUAUCCAUCCUUCGCGGUGAUCUUUGGGAAUGGAACCAAUGUGAAAGUAGUGAAGAGGACUCUGACCAAGGUGUCGGAAUUGCCGGAGGUGUACGUGGCUAGAGUUGUGAAUCCGAGGCCGGACAAGGUGGAAGUGACGGUGGAGCCGGACAGGCUGGACUUCAAAAUGGUGAACGAGGAGAGAAGCUAUGUGGUGAAGUUUGUGAGCAAGGUGGUAGAUCCAGGUGAGAUGGAGUAUGGGUACAUCAUAUGGGAGAACGACGUCCAUCAGGUGAAAAGCCCAGUGGUAUUCAUGUGGGAGUGAGGUAGCAGCGUGUUCCCUUUAUAUAUGCAGUCCUUGCCUCUAUGGUUUUGUGAUGUAGAACCUCUCUUUCCAUGAAACAAUUAAAGGACAGCUGCAUGAAUAAGAAGGAACUCUUGGAUUCAAUAUUAUAUAUAAUUAUGACUUGCGGCUUA